GUCAGACCUCCUCCUCGUCUGUCCUCUCCUCUCCUCUCCUCCCUCCAUCCCGCAGACGAGUGUUUUCAGCCUCUCAAGUUGAGCCCAGACGCACACACAUACAUAACGCGCACAGCGGGAGGAGGAGAGACAGAGGAAGGAAGGAAAAGAGAGCGGACGGAGCUGCUGCCGGGCGAGCGGAAUUUGGAUUUUAUUUAAUAUAUGAGCCUUAAGUUUUCUUGGGUUUUGUUGUUUCAAAUCCGCCAAUGAAGUGGACUUUUUCAUUCGCUGGGGGAGUUUUUCGUCCACUCUGCUGGUCUGCGUAAACUUUUGAAGGAAGAAAAGUGUGAUAAAAGGUGAGACAUUGAGGCUUCCUCAGCUUUAGCUGUCCCGUUUGGAUAAAUAAAGCAGAGGAGCGCACCGGUGGAAAAAGCUCACCACGGGGGGAAACGGGUUCAUUCCUCGGCUCUGGCUUGAAGGAGACGCACCGCAGACUUUUUUGGGGGGGAGGAUUAAAAAAAGAAGCCAGCCUGCAUCGGAAUUGCCAAUCGGGGGUUUCUUUUUUUAUUAUUGACUCCAGAAGGAUUUAUAGUUUACUCCAAGCCUCAUCUGCGCGGUGUCUUAGGUCAAGCACAGCCGGAGCGCAGUUUGGUCAGAUUGAGAUUACUGAUGGCACCAGUGCGGUAGUGAUCUGUGUGGGGGGGAAAAGGAACGAGAUAAAAAAAAUUGAAAGAUCCCCUUUCGUCCGUUUUGUGAACAGUCCCUGAGGGUUUUUACCGACAGGAGGGAUGGAGACGGUCUGGAGAAGGAGAGGCGCGCCGCUGGGUUGUUGCCUCUGGAAGAAGGUGCUUCUUCUUUUCCUGUGGAAAGUGUCUGACAGCCAAGCAGGAGCAGCAGGAGUUGGACCAGGAGGAGGGCCGGACUCUUCCCAGCCCCGCUUCUCCUCCUCCCUCCCCACCUACCUCCCCGUCCAAUGCCAGCUAAGUGGUGCUGACUCCGCGUUCUUCCUGCGGGAAGCCAAUCAGGAGGUUAUGCGAAACGGCAGCCUAUCAUCGCGGACUGAGCCCUUCUUCCUCCAACAGCUGGAACCAGGCAUCGCUGCCCCACAAUCCCUGCCGAGCGUCAAUUGUAGCUACGGAAACCAGAGCAUUGAGCAGCCAAUCACAGUGGACCUGCUUCAGGGUCCACCACCACAUCUGCUACUGACGACCAACCAGGUGACUCUGAACUGGAAGGUCAAAGGUCAAGUGGUGGUGCCCAGAGUGGGGUCAGCACGACCCUGGAUACAGGUACUGUUUUACCUGGUAGGGCGGCGUUGGGAUGAGCCUGACCCGCCUCCUCCGGCCCUCCUCCCGUGUGUCAGAGCUGUGGCCAUCCGUGACACCAGUGAAGCAGCACCCUCGGCGGGCUGCCGACUCGUGGGACCAUCUGGCAUCUGUGUUGUCCGUCUGGAGAUUCCCCCAGCUUGGUUUACACCACCACAAGUGAGAAAAAGACCUCCCGAAGUGACUCUACCAUCUGUGGAUGUGUAUUACUCAAUUAUACCAGUGGAAGGAGCUGGUCAAGAGUGUCCCUCUGUUGUUAAUGAGCCAUGGAGAGGUCAGAGUGCAAAUGUUGGGCCUCUUGGAGGCCUGGGCAUGGGCCCCGGGGUACAGUGGAACCCCCUACUGGAUGGGGGUCUUCAGGACAUGCUGAAAGCUGGUUCUGCGGUAAUGACCAUAGGCCCGGUUUCUGCCAAAGGAGAAAGAUUGAGACUGGAUGAAAAUGUGGAGCUUCUGGUGCCACCCAGCCCGGUUCGGCUCGGCAAGACUGUGGCGUUUGGCGUCUACAUGAAGACAGAUUCAAACACGGAACAGUUUACGUUAAGGGUGUGGUUUCAGUCAGGCAUCAACUUCCUGGCUGUGAAACCCAGCAACCUCGUCGCGUGGGAGAUCAAACAGGAAAUGGCACCGGGAAGCAGUUCGUUGGCGGUGAUGUGUCAGAGAAAAGCCUACUCCACAGCAGAGAGAUUGGAAAGUCCAUCAUAUGAGGUGAUGCAGCUUGACUUUGAGGUGGAUAACGUGAUCAACCUGGUUCCAACCCAGACUCUGCACUGGAACGUCGAGUAUCCAGCUGGAAUGCAGACAAGUACCAGGCAAACGGAGAAAGUCUCGCACCUCUACAUCAGCAACGCCGACAUACAGGGAAUCGUACCGCUGGCUGAGGACACAGAGGUGGUGAACACAGCCAUUCUAACAGGUCGGCGUGUUGCAGUGCCCAUCAAACUGGUUACUGUGGAAACCGAUGGGCAGGUGAGGGAGGUGGACGACUCGGUCACCUGCAGCUCGACAGACGUUGACGUGGUUAAGGUUUCCGCAAACUGUGACCAGGUUUUGGUCAACGGUAAAGAAAUGCGUGGUCGGCAGUCUUUGGCGGUCAACUUCACCUACCUGCACCUUUCUGCUCAGCUGCAGCUCACCGUCUGGGUGCCCAAGCUACCUCUGCAGAUAGACGUGUCAGAUACCGAGCUGAGCCAGGUUAAAGGCUGGAGAGUGCCGAUCAUCACUAAUAAGAGACCUACGAGAGACAGUGAAGAUGAUGAGGAUGAUGAGAGGAAGGGCAAAGGCUGCACCCUACAGUACCAGUACGCCUUGGUGCGGGUCCUCACCCAUUUUGUUGCAGAACCCGCUGACCCAGGAGGAGAGAUGGUCUACAUGUUAGGUGCAGACUGGCAAGCUGAUAUCACCCAUUUGGUCUUGGAUCAGCUAAAGGUAGAAGAUCCUCGCAUUGCCAGACUGAUAGAUGGGCGAAUUUUGGUUGGGCGGGACCUGGGGAUCACCACUAUACAGGUUCUGUCCCCGCUGUCUGACUCUAUCCUGGCAGAGAAGACCGUGACCGUGUUGGAUGACAAGGUCACCAUCACAGACCUGGGAGUCCAGCUAGUUGCAUCUCUGUCCCUCAGUAUGACAGCGAGUCCUGGAAAUUACCAGGCAAUACAGCUAACAACUACAGCUACAGACCUGCUACACGCACCUAAACAGGAAGCAGCGAUCAGUGCGUGGAUCCAGUACAGUGACGGUUCAGUGACACCACUUGAUGUCUAUGAUCCCAAGGACUUCCUCCUCUCGGCUGUGUCAUUGGAUGAGAGUGUCAUCUCCAUAACCAAUCAGGAGCAACACUGGCCUAUUGUAGUGGCAGAGGGCGACGGACAGGGAGCACUGGUUCGUGUAGAGAUGGUCAUCUCUGAGACCUGCCAGAAAUCCAAAAGGAAAAGUGUGCUGGCAUCUGGAGUUGGCAAUGUGAUAGUGAAGUUUGGAGCAAAGAGCGAGGAAAAAGUUGUGAUCGGAAGAGGUGGACAGGAAGGCGGAGGAGUGAUGGACAACAGCACCAGAGAGCAACAAACAAAGAAUGGAGGAGAGUGGAAGUCCAACAGUGCCGCACUUGAUCGAGAGGAAGGAGCCAUGAGGAAGGUUAGCACAACAACCAAGAGCACAGUAACCCAUCGUGCUUCAGGUGGUAAAGCUGCCAAUGGAGGCAGCAGCAGCAGCCGAGGUGGAGGCCCCAGCCAAGCAGGGGACUACAGUAGCUACCCAGCACAAGUGGAGGUACCAGGCACUGGGGAUAGUGAGCUGACCCAGACCACUAGAGGACUGUCGGACCUGGAGAUUGGAAUGUAUGCCCUUUUGGGUGUAUUCUGUCUGGCAAUACUGGUCUUCCUCAUCAACUGUGUGAGCUUUGCUUUCAGAUACCGUCACAAGCAGGUUCCCGUGCUGGAAGCAGGAGGAAACAUGAACCAUGCCCAUGACUGGGUGUGGCUUGGCAAUGAGGCUGACCUUUUAGCUGACCACUCUGACCAAUGCCAGGGUGGGCUGCCUGAUGAAUGCACCACCAUCAUUGACCGGAAUGAAGGAGGAUACGAGGAGAACAAGUACCUGCUAAAUGGGGCUGGUAACACCUUGGUGAUGGGCGUGGGCACGGGCAUGGGCACCAUUAGUGGGAGUGGUGGCACAGGUGGACACCGGGGCGUCACCCACGGACAAACCCUGCCCAGAUCUAUUCCAGAACCGCAUCAGUGCCUUUCAGCAAUCACUACUGGUGGCAAGAAUGCCACUGGCCAAGCGGAGCAUCUGAAUAAUUCCCCCCGAGCCACGGCAGUGGCAGCCGCCAAGCGUAAACGCGUCCAGUUCACGUCUUUUGCCACUGUUCUGCCCAAUGAUAAUUCGGGUGGGGGUGGCCCAUACACCAACUCUUCAGUCCUGGUGACCAAUGGGAGCGAGGAUGACAUCAAGUGGGUGUGCCAGGAUAUGGACCUGGGUCAGUCUGAAAUCAGAACCUACAUGGAGAGGCUACAAGACAAUCUGUGACUGAUGGGAAAGAGACUGAGAAAUGGAGGGGCAGAGGAUGAGUCCAGGAGGGGGAGGAUGGACAAUGAGUACAAUUCACCUGUAAUGCCUUUGCAAUGGAUGAAGGGAGGGAGAAUGGAAGGGAUAUGAGAACAGUAAAGAGAACACAAAGUGUGGCGAAGAGUUUAUACAAUUAUUGAACAGACAGUGUAGGGGAUGCUUACAUUUAGCUCCCCUUAGGCUAUGGAAAGCAUCCUGUCAUCACUAGCUCACACUGAAAUCAAUGGUAGCAAACAAUAAAUAACAUUAUUAUAAUUUGUUUUAUAUUAUUUAUUGUGAAAAUAUUAGUGUAAAAAUCAAUAUUAAAGUCACUAUUGGUUAUGAAUGUUUAUUUUCAGAAUACCAGUAAACCUUUGUGCUAUACAGUAAAUUCAGGGUAUGUUAUUGGACAGACAUUAAGCCACUAUACAUUUUUUAAACGAGGAUGGCAAGAACAUAAUUUCCGAAGUAUUUUUUACUGAUAUGGUAUAUUGCCAGCAUUGGCUGUUGAUUAUUGAUAGAUCUAGUUUUAAUAUACAAACCUGUCAUUUACCUGCCAAGUUUGCUGAAUGGUUAAAUAAUGAAUCACUGAUUAUGAUUACUGAAGAAUAGGUGUGCAUUAAAGAUACGAUCUGUUUGUUUUUGUUCUAUCAUGUGACCCAGCUGUUUUUGGAAUUGCUCACAAGUACAAUGUAACAUGUAAUAUAUCUCCCAAGUACUCAACUAUAAAUUUAGGCACCAGUGGGAGUUGCCAUUCAGCACGGAACAUGGGCGAUCUUGCUCUUUCCUCAAACAACAGAAUGUGUCAAGAGUUGAAAAAUGAUAUGUCAUACAAAAGACUGUUUCUCCCUUGGAUCCAAGACAGAGGCAUUUAAACUUGCACAAUUACAAACAGGAAGGGACAUUAGCCAUAUUUGAGGCUUACCUCCUGUUUCCUGAAACCUUCCAGCCAAUGACAGUUUUCUCCCUGUAUUCAGAACCAUCCUGUCAUCCCCUGGCCCCUCUCCUUGUCUGUGAUCAGACAGCAGUAGAAACUUUAUGAACUAAAGUACACAGUGAAAUACUGUGAAAUAUACUGUCUGUAAACUAAAGGGGGACUGACUGACUUGUCUCAUAUAAAAAGGAGGCUGCUUGGGCUUUGCAAAACCUGAAUGAACACUUAACAACGAGGAUUAUUCCAAACCAUGUAGGCAACAAGACAGACCAGAAUACCUACAGUGUUAUACAUGGAGCUAACAGGAUAUAUUGAAUGAAAUUACAAUAUAAAUGAAAAUGGAGUGAAACUCUUGAAUCUCACAAAUAGAUAUGGGUUCAUGAAACAUGUUUGUUCUUUCUGAACAUGAUUAUAUAUUUUUUCUUUCCUUUUGUUUAUCCUUUUUGAUAAAUAGAAUGUUUUUAUUAUGUUUUUCCUUGUUACGUUUUUUCCUAAUUUGGGAAGAUAUUAAUUGUAGCUUGGGUUCAUGAAACAUGUUUGUUCUUGCUGAACAUGAUUAUAUAUUUUUUCGUUCCUUUUGUUUAUCCUUUUUGAUAAAUAGAAUGGUUUUAUUAUGUUUUCCUCGCUACGUUUUUUUCUUAAUUUGGGAAGAUAUUAACUGUGUCUUUUUAUUUCAAAGAUUUAUUAAGAUUUUAAGGAUAUAUGAUUCUUUUUUUCUCCUAGAGAUCUAUUUAUUUAAAUUAACAUUUGAGAGGGUGAGGAAGGAAAGAAAGGCCAAGGGCAAAGGUUGAAAACAAUAGACUUGAUGGUGAAUGAGAGCACACAAGAGAACAAGUGAAAGGAAGGACACAGAACAGGCAGAGAUUGCCUCACCUUCGUUAAGCUCAGGUGACGAGUCAUGAAGAACCGACAAUAAAAAAGGAGAAGUGUAAGAUUGUUAAGAUUGCAAUAUUUAUUUAUAAAUGUGUUACUGUUUCAGAGUACACUGUAUGUUGUAGAUAAAUAAACAUGCUUCAAAGUGCUUGUGAAUAAGACUGCAGGUCACUAGCCAACAACAUGGUGAUAUUUUGUACAUUUUACAGUGCAAAUAUGCUACACAAUACUAUCUGCCACCACAAUGUGAAAGUGAUCUUAUUGGUUCUUUUUCUAAAGAUGUUCCUGUCUUUGUUUAAAGUAUUGAGUUCUUGUCUUUGUACAGGGUAGGAAUCAGUUCACCUCCAUAAUGAGAUAUAAAAAUGGAGGCAAUCCACUGUGCAUCACACUCAAAAUUGCUUGAGGUUGAUAAGUCCAAGAGAUCCACUUCAGAAAGAAAACCAAACCAAAUGUUAGGAUGUUGGACUAGUCCAAAAGAAAACAAAGGCAGAAUCUGAAUUACUACAGAUAUAAACACAUCUAUUUUCAAUCAUUUGUUAAACAAGAUACAUAAUAAAAAUGCACAUGAAAUCACAAUGGCCAAAUCAUCUUUUCUGACACAGAAUGAACAUAGGAUUGAAAGGACAGAGAGCUCGGGUAGACACAGAUAAGAGACCUGAGCUGACUCCAAAUGGGGGAACUAAAUGGGCUGUACAGCCUCCACCAAAGCAAUAGAUAUUUUGACUGAUGAUGGCAACUAUAUGUAUGAUCUGGACUCAUACACAUUACAGUAUCUCGCCUACUCUAACGUAGCUACAAGACUGCUGUGAUUGAAAGGAUUAGUCGAAGAGGUACGAGUUUGAUAGUCGCUUAAGGUAGAAGUGUAGCAAUGCUCUCAGAUGAAAAACCUUUUGACUCUUAACAUGCUAGAACUGUGAGUUUAAUCAUACUUUAUAGCCUGUGACACCCAUUCUACUUGUUGUAUCAUUUUAAAACUGUAUGGAUAUCAACUGAAAAAAAAAUACCAGGCUAUUUUGAGAGAUUAUUUUGGGGCAUUUCAGCUUUUAUUUGAUAUCAGAGAAAGACAAAUGUACUGUAUGUAGCCAUUGUGGAAGGACCCACAAUUUACUGAUCUCUUACUAAACUACUGCUGAACUUUGGCACAGUUCCCAAGAGGAAUUGAUUUAAAAGCAUAAAGGUUUGGCUUCAUUAUCAUAUUUGCAGCUGUCAGAGGUUACACAGAAUAGCCAGGAUAGUAAUUGGUUGCAAAUAGAGAGUAGAGUUUUGUUUUAAUUCAUGCUAAUUUGGUUCAACUGUAGGUGCAGAAACAAGAGCACAGUUGUUUUUUUUGUGUGUGUUUUUUCCCACACCUUCCUCUGAGGCUGUUUCUCUGGUAUACAUGGAAAAGGAUGCCUCUCAUAUCUUCUGGCAGUCUGUCUCCUAAAGAAUUAUGUUCAUAUUUAACCAAUUUGCAAUAGCAACUAUUAGCCAACGCAGGUAGUACUGUGAUGUGAUAUAGUGCAAGUAGAUGUAAUGGUGUGGCAGUAAGGGCGGUGAUUGGGCAUACAAUGUGUUCAGCUCAUUCUAACAGCGUUGACUUUUUGCAGUAUUCAGUUCUGCACAGGAACAUUGCAUUUCCUCCAAAACUUUUUUAACUAAUGCAAAACAGUUUCAUAUGAACACAAGUCUGACAUAAAAAGGUUUUGAGACAGAUCUGGAUGACUUUGGACUGGAGGAUUCAGUUGUUCUAUAUGCUGACACUCAGCCUUGUUAUACACACUUGUUAGGCUUUGUGUCUACAGAGGGUCUGCAUAUAUGGUGCUGCCUUAUUUUUCUGAGAGAAAACAAGGAGGAUGGUUUUACAUUAUUAGCCACUAUAGACGUCCCCUCUCACACCCUGUCUUGCAAUAACACUCGAGUAAAGUCAAUAUACACAUCAGUUCUGCAUACGAUAACAUGCAUCUCGCAACCAACUUGUUUUCAGACUAAUGUAAGUAAUUUCUAAUUGUGGAAAUGUUUUUCUAAACAGUUCCUCUUAGAUGAAGCCAAUGCACAGCAGUAGUUCAGCCAGCAAGCGAGCAGUAAAAAAUGGGACCUCUACAGUGGCUACAUCUGACUGUGCUGAAGAAAUCCGAACGCUAAAAACAAAUAUUCUACAUAUUCUCUUAAGCAAAAGAGCUGCGUUCAGUUGCUAUGUAGUAACACUGAGAGGUAAACACGGGCCGCAGUUGAAUGUGCUACAGGUAGAAGCCUAAGGGUUUUUUUGUUUCAUUUGUUUUUGUUUUUGCUAUUGUCAUUGUUUAAACAUGGUUCAUGGAGGCCAAUAAAGACCCAUAACCAAA